GCAAAACACAUGUAAAAGGUUGUAAGAAGUAAUGCCUUGCAUACUUUAAUAUUUCUUUUUCUUUCCAAUAUCUCUAUUUCAUACUUAAAAUAUAAAAAAAUGCGUUCACAGAUGAACACUGCGAAUAAAGUGCCUGGUUUACAGUUGCACAGAGUUAUACGAUUAGGCGAUAAGACUAAUAAUCAAGUCUUCACAUUCAUUGUACCCUCUCAACUGACAAAAGGAUUUUUACAAAAUGUUCAGUCAAAAGAAUUUCACUAUGGUGGUCAUCGAUGGUUUAUUCGUAUGGAGUAUUAUACAGAACCUAGUGAAUGUGGUAGUGGAAAAGAAGAUUCCCAUUUUAUACAGUAUCGUAAACAACCUCUGGGUGUUUCUAUCCAUCUGUGUAGCAUUUCAAGUGGAAUGACAUGCCGACUAAAAAGUGUCAAAUUCACUAUUCCACAUCAGGAAUGUUACAUGCAAAAUUUAAUCCACGAAUCAGAAGAUGUACACUUCAGAUGUUCCAGUGUUUCAUACAAAGUAUCCACAUGGAUUGAAAGUGGCCUACUGACAAAUGAACAUUACCUAUUUGAUGACUCGACAUGCAUAUUAGAAGUGGAAUUACAAGACGCUGUGACAACUUAUGAGGAACUAUUACGUGUGCCAAGAGAUUCAAAGGAAGCAGUACGGUGUAGGUCACUUGAGUCAACAACAUUUCCUUUCGCUGGAGAUGACUGGAGUUUUAUCGUUGAUUGGAGUACUCCACAGGAUAAGUCACGAGGGCAUAAUAAUAAAGAUGACAACAGGCCUAAAUUCUACAUUCAAAGGCAUAGCUCCCCAAAACACUGGACACGAUUAAAAUAUGAGCUAGCAGUGAGUUGGCAUGACUAUGGAACAUCGCGUUUAGGACCAUUUGAUCAACUGAUAAAUCCUGAAAGUGGAGCCACAACAAAAGCUUAUACCUUUGGAGAUUCAAAAUGGUUUUCUAAUAGUUCUGCGCCUGUUAUAACUUCAAAACACAGAAUAAGUGUUAAAAUUGACUUCCAUUCUGUAGUUCAUAUCAGCCGAGUAGACCUCAUACCAACAUCACCUCAAGGUGGCAGAAACUGUGCACGAGUUGUAGAUCCCAGUGGUGUAGACUGGAUCAUAAUGAGUGAUAUUUUAGGCACAUAUGUACGUCUUAAGUUGUUUCUACCAAAUGAAUCUAAUGCAAAACACAACGAGAAUGACUCAAAUAUGGAAGUAAGAUCAACUGCUUGGUCAGUACAACUGAUACCUUAUGAGUCAUCAUUGAAUAUUGUAAAGUCCAUGAGUUCAUUUUAUGUUAUUUACACACCAAUAAAUAUCAGUGGGCAAAUAACAACAGCAAACAGUACAAAAUCACCCUGUCAAGAGGUCGUAUUACCCUUAGAUGUUGAAAAAGUGAGUCAUAUUGUUUACUUUGAUGAUUAUUUAUUAAAAAAAUGUGCACUUGUUCAUUUUCAAUAA